UAUUAAUUGCAAUAUCCUGUCCUUUCUCCCCCGGCUGUAGCUGGGAUGCUGCAUACAAAAGAGAGCUGCAAACUUUUCAAGAUAUCGGAGAUGCUGGAGAAAUUUGGUUUGGAGAAGAAAGCAUGGUUCGAAUAAUUAGAUGGUUGGAAAAACAGAAGGUCCCCCUUGACAGCUCUGUGCUUGACAUUGGAACUGGAAAUGGUGUUUUGCUGAUUGAAUUGGCAAAGUCUGGCUACACUAACCUCACUGGGAUUGAUUACUCUCCUUCCGCAAUACAACUCUCAGAAAAAGUAAGAGAGAAGGAAGGGAUGUCUAACAUUAAAUUAAAGGUAGAAGACUUCCUGGCUCCAUCAGCUGAGCUGUCUGGAUUUGAGAUUUGUAUUGACAAGGGGACUUUUGAUGCCGUAAGCCUUAAUCCCGAUAACGCAGUGGGGAAGAGGAAGCAGUACGUGAGAUCUCUCUGCGAUGUACUGAAACCAGGAGGUUUUUUCCUCAUCACGUCUUGCAACUGGACCAAAGAGGAGCUGUCAAAUGAGUUCAGAGAAGGAUUUGAAGUUCUGGAGGAGCUGCCAACACCCAAGUUUUGCUUUGGAGGAAGAAUUGGAAACAGUGUAACAGCGUUGGUUUUCCAAAGGAAAAAAGCGAGGCCAUCCAUCUUGGGCAAAUUAGAUUAGUUGAGAGAAGUCUGAACUUCAAACCUGACAGAAAAACCUCAGGCACGUGUGUAAAUAAAUGCUCUUUGAGUGCACAGUAAAAUACUCAGUAUGGAACUCUAAGGGACUGUAAAACGUUGCCCUAGAAACAUUUCAGCUUUGCAGAACUUGCCUGUAAAUUUUGUCCUUGCUACAACCUCGCUUGUUUUAGGGAAGCUGCAAGUUUGUAAGUGAGAGGAAAAUAAGGCAUCCUGAGUAUGGAGACUGAUAUAACUGAAUGAUCUUCAUGUUUGGAAUGUAAAGAUUACCCAGUAUUUAAUUUCUGUACUGGUAAUCGGUGACCAGUAGAGGUAAAGUUAUUCUAGAAAGCAA